UGGUAUAGUAAGAAGCUGAUAGCAUUUCUUGAAAAAAAAAGAACAAAGAGGGUCAUCAUUUUAAAACUAAAAAUUAGGUUGGAUGGGCUAAGACCCAUUUGCCUGUCCGAGUGGACAACAAAAAUAAAUUUUAUUUCGUGGUCGCAGAAAAGGCGCGAAUUUCUAAUAUUUUAACUAAAUAGAAGGGUUGUUUUUUAUGAAGAAAAUACGUAAGGAAUAAAGUGUUAAACAUGAACGUAGUACACAGGGAAAUAACAACUGGUAAAAACAAAACACGAACCAACUUUACAGCAGAUUUUGCAAGAAGAGACGCAUCCUUGGGUAUACGCGGUACUUCCCUACUGCCAGUGUCCUCAUACUGUAGUGCAAGUAAAAAUACGAUGAAAGGUCCUAGGUAUCAAUUCGAUGCUGCCGUGAAAACUUCAACCAAACGGUCAUCUAUGGGACCUCCUUCAAGGCCUCCGCCUAGUUCCAAAAAAAGAUUAAUAAGCUCGAUCUCGUCAAGACUAGAGUCGUCUUCAAGCGGAAGACAGAUGCCCGCAGUACUAGCUAACGAUUCCACCGCUGAUACUUCCAACGACAUGCGCACACCCAGGAAUCGGCCAACCGCCUUGAGAUACAUAAGCAGUAGUAGUAGAGGUGGUUAUAGCGGCGCCAGAUCGGGCAGAUCAACGAGCGUGUCCGCAGUAGAAGCUAGUGUUAUUUUAGCUAUAUCGGAAGGCAGAGGAAUGGCCCGCGGGGAAAUAGGAAUGGCAGCCGUCGAUCUAAAACAUCCACAUCUAGUACUGUGUCAAUUUAGUGACACGCUCUUAUACACUCACACACUAACAAAAAUAAACUACUUCAAUCCAGUUGAGAUAAUUGUGCCGCACACAUUCUGCGAGGGCGUGAAACCGAAUCAACUUUAUCAAUUGAUAAAAGACCAGUUCCCUUUGUGUACCCUAACGACGGUACAAAGGAGGCAUUUCAAUGAUUCAGCAGGCCGUCAGAACAUACAGACGCUUUGCGCACCGCAAUACAGCGGGGCUUAUCUCCAAGUACUGCAUAAAUUUUACGCACUAACCGCUGCAGCAGCGGUGCUGAAAUAUGUAGAACACAUCCAAUGUAUAGUUUUCGCAAGAGAAUCUCUCAAAGUCGAUUAUCAUUCGUCAGAAAACACUAUGAUUAUUGACGUAGGUACGGCAACGCAACUGGAAUUAGUUCAGCCUUUAGUUCCUUCGGCUGGACCAAUGUGUUGUCUUCUUGGUGUGCUUGGCCCGACUUAUACUGUUGGAGGGAUUAGGGCAUUGAGGGCUUCUAUCUUGCAACCGUCUUGCAAUAAACAAUUAAUUGAAUCAAAACUAGAUGUUCUUCAAGAUUUAAUUGAAAAUGACAAUGGUUUGAUGGCUGAUUUACAGGACAUUUUGAAAAGGCUAUCAGAUAUUGAUAAAAUAUUAUUCUUGUGCGUUGAGCAUAAUAUUCAAAAUGCUGACAAAUUAGGAGAGGCGCAGCUCAAUCAAGUGUUAAUUCUAAAAACGACAAUGAAUAUGGUACCAAAACUAGUUGAAGCUUUGAAUCGUGCCGAAAGUGGUCUGUUAAGACAAUUUAAAACGGAUUUCGAAAAUCCACAUUACAAUGAAAUUGCCGAACGCAUAAAAAAUAUCAUACAAGACGACGCGCAUUUCGAGAAGGGUGUUAUGGGAAAUCUCCAAAGAUGUUUUGCAGUCAAGCCCGACAUUAACGGACUCCUUGAUGUGGCCAGAAGGACGUAUUCUGAAUUAAUAGAUGACAUACAGAAAAUUGUCGAACAGCUCAGCGAGACAUACGACCUGCCUCUGCGGCUAAACCAAAACGUUAUGAAAGGAUUCCACAUAGUUUUACCUAUAGCUCCAAAAAACAGACGCAAUUUCAGUAUUGAAGAUCUGCCCCCAAUUUUCAUACAGGUACACAACAACGGAGCCAGCGUAUCGAUGUCGACUGAAGAACUUGUAGUUCUCGAUCAACAGGCAAAGGAAUCUUUGAAUGAAAUACAAAGAAUGAGUAACAUAGUUAUCGACGCAUUAUUGAAAGACUUAAGGCCAUACAUGUCGAGUCUGUACAAAUUAUGCGAGAACGUUGCUGAAAUUGACAUCCUCCUGGCAUUAGCACAGGCUAGCAUGGUAGGGUCGUAUAUCAGACCGGAAUUUAACAGCUAUUUAGAAAUAAGAAACAGCGUCCAUCCGUUAUUGGAUUAUAACAGUCACGUGAUGCCAGUUCCAAAUGACAUAAAUGCCAGCCCAGAAUACAAUUUCACUAUAAUCACCGGUCCGAAUAUGGGCGGCAAAAGUGUUUAUAUAAAACAGAUUGCUAUUAUGCAUGUUAUGGCGCAAAUUGGUUGUUUCUUGCCCGCUACUAAUGCUGUACUGCGACUUAGUGACAGAAUAUUUUCGAGAAUCGGUUUCAACGACAGCGUUGAGUUGAACGCUUCUACUUUUGUUUUCGAGAUGAAAGAGAUGCAGCAUAUUUUAAAAGGACUGACGCCAUCAAGCCUGGUCAUAAUAGACGAACUCUGUCGCGGUACAACAUACGAAGAGGGAGUCAGUAUAGCUUGGGCGAUCUGUGAAGAAUUAAUAUUAUCUGACGCUUUCACGUUCUUCACAACACACUUUUUAUAUUUGACGAAAUUGCAACACCUUUACUACAACGUGGUCAAUCGCCAUACUACUGUUAAGGAAGAAAACGUUGAUGAACUGAACGAUUCUCAUAAAAAACUGAUUUAUGAACAUAAAAUAGAAUUAGGAGUUACGAAUAUAAAAAACUAUGGAUUGGCUUUGGCAGCAAAAACAAAUUUACCAGAAGACACCGUAAAACUUGCAUUUGAACUAGCAGAACUUAUGACCAUUGAUGAAGAGACGCCAGAAACCUGCCUGCCGCAAAGAAAUGACGAAAGAGAACUUUAUAUUUUAAAUGCAGAGCUACAAAAAGAAUAUAGAAAAAAUGGAGGUUCAGAGAAAGCUUUGGAAGCCACCAUAAACAAAUUCAAAGAAAAUAAUGCUGAACUCGUUGAAAAAUUAAAAAUUCAAACCAGCAACAAUCCUUCUAGUUCAAGUAACGAAUGUUGGUCAAGUGACCCUAAAAAAGGCUAUUCAAAUAAUCCCAGUGGCAGUGGUAAAAAACCAUUGGAAUAUAAUAGAACACCCGAACGACUAAAUACCGAGUCUUUAACAGUUAAUGAAAAACCCGGUGCUACAGAGAUAUACCCACAAAUCAAAUCUUCCAAUGAACUAUUGACAAGCAUGAAAACUAUAAAGAACAAAUCUCAUACGUACAUUGACGAAGACAUACAAACGAUUGGUAUAGAAAACGUUAAUACUAAAUUAAAUAAAUUAUCUCCAAAUUGUUUAAAUGAAAGUAAUCAUUACAUUGAAGAAUACCAAAAUACGUUAAGCACGGAACAUGAGAAUUCACUCAGUGAUGACGAUUUAUCAGAAGCACUAACGCAGGUUAUAGGAGAAUGUUCCAAUUCAUUCGAUCAUUCAAUAGAUAACGAGGAUAGGGCUACCGAUGAAACCCUUAUGAUAGAAACGAUUAAUGAAAUUAAUGAGGAAUUGAACAAUGCAUCUAAUUAUAAUUUUAACGAUUUAAUUUUAACGCCACCAAUCGCUUUCAGGGACAUUUCGUAGAAUAAACUAAAUGUCUUUUCAGAAAAUAAAGUUUGAAAUUAGUAUCA